AUGUUCCGUGCAGAUCGAAAGCAGUUUGACGACAAGACCAACAUCCUCGAGGUCGACAACAAGGGUCUGGUCAACUACCCCUACCGCCUGAGCUUCUACGACAAGCCUCCAAUAUUCGACGUCACAAUCGAAGAGUUUGAGAUAUGCGCUUUGGACAGGCUGAGGAUACUCGCUGAGAUUGAGGCCUGCGCGGCGCGAAACCGCAGCUGGGAGGAGACGAAGGCCGUGAUCGACACACAGUGCCGCAAGUAUAUGGAGCUGGACAGCAAUACCGCGUCGAUCGAUAGACGGGACGCGCAGAGAAGGAGGGAUCAGCUGGGGCAUUUUGUGCUGAGGCUGGCGUUCUGCAGAACGGAGGAGCUGAGAAAGCGCUUCGUGAAGGCGGAAACAACGUUGUUCAGGGUUCGUUACGACACUGACAAGAGCGACGAGCGGAGGCGAUUCUUGAACUCGAGGGACUUCAAUUGGAUCGAGGUCAGCGAUAGCGAGAAGAAGCAGUUUCGAGACGAAUUGUACGCCUCUUUCCACCCACCGCCGAAACCAAACGUCAAGUUGUCAGAACAAGAGCGGAAGGCUGAAUUCGAGAAGGAGAAGUACUACAAGGUCAGAUGGACGCGCGUGCCAGACCUCGUAGAGAGGCGGAAGGUCUUCCUCAAGAAAGGAUGGGCUUAUGUUCCUGCCAUCGAGCAAUCAAGUAUCGUCUUCCAAGCUUUCGAAUCUCAUCUCAUGAAGGAUCUUGAGAUGACCGCGAAAUGCCUACCGAACAUGAAUGAAGAUACGCGCAUAGUACCCUUGCUAGACAAACUCUCGCAAGGCUUCCUCGCCGGCGUCUCUUCGGAGUGGAGCAAUCAGACAGAGGGCACAACAGAGGGUUUGACCGCCGACAUGAUCGACGAAAUUGCGCGCAAGCACUACCCUGCGUGCAUGCGCAACAUGCAUAUGAACUUGCGAAAGGACCAUCACUUGAAGCACUUUGCUCGGUUGACGUAUGGGCUGUUCCUCAAGGUGCUGGGCCUCUCAUUAGAGGAAGCUAUCGUCUUCUGGCGAAAAUCCUUUGACCGCAUAACGGACGACAAGUUCAACAAGGAGUAUAGGUACAACAUCCGCCACUCCUAUGGCCAGGAGGGCAAGCGGGCGAACUAUCCUGCGAAGAGCUGCUCGCAAAUCCUCACCAACGACCUCGACUCCGCACACGGAUGCCCCUACCGCAUGUUUGCGCCAGACAACCUUCAGUCAACCUUGCUCACCAUGUACUCCGGCCAAGGCCUCGCUUCGCACCACCUGCCAGAGAUCAUGGAGCUAGUUAAGAAGCAUAGCUACCACGUCGCGUGUACGCGUGUAUUCGAGAUCACGCAUGGUAUGAAGAAGGGGGAUGGGAUAGGGGAAGGCGAGUCGGUGACGCAUCCCAACCAGUACGCGGCGCGAAGCAUGGAAUUGGAGAAGGCCAAGAAGGGGGAGGACUCAGAUGCCAUGGCCAUAGGCUGA